AUGUCCAGACCGUCGACGAGUAUCCUCCCGCCGGCGGGAUCCACCAGGAGGAACAGUGCGCUUAACAGUGUCCUCUUCCCGCUGGCUGUCCUUCCGACGACUCCCACCUUGUGGCCGGCGGCGAAGGUGCACGUUAUCCCCUUGAGGACCAGAGGCGCGUUCGGGCGGUACUUGAUCUAUAACCCUAAAAUUAUCAUCACCACAGAGGGUGUGAGAAUUUUGGAAAUAUCUUGAAUGAAGGAUUUUUGUUGUAUCCUCUUUUCCUUGAGAUCUUCCAGAUCGAUUCUCCCUUCUGCCUGCCACUUCGGCGGCGGCCUGCGAGCUUCGAUUGCGGCGGGGGGCUCCGAUGGAAUCUGCGUGAACUGCUCCGAUGGAAUCUGUAGUUGUCCAAGGUGGAGUACCAACGAGUUAAGGGCGCCUGGCAGGCCCUUUAGGGCGUACGUCAAGGUGAGGCCCACGAACCCUAACAGCACCAUUCACCAGCGUGGAAUUCAGCCAGAAGUUGACGACUAUACAGCUGAUGAUAGUCGCAGGUUUAUCAUAUCAGUUCAUUGCUCUGCAAUACUCACCCGGUGAUACGCUCUCCUUCGGAAGCAGCAGGAGGAAGACGGCUGCGGCUACGACGGUGAUGUUCUGGAGAGAUUCCACUCGCAAGAGCAGCCACUCCAUGGCGGCGAUGGAGUGGAAGAACUGCGACGCGUCGGUGUUGAUCAGCUCCAUGUUCCUCCGGACGGACCUCUCCCCGUCGGAGAACGCUCUGAUCGUAAGGCGCCGAGGGAGGUCUCCGCCGCGUGGUUCGUGAGGGGAGCCUUCGUCGUCCCGUUGAUACUCACAAUCUCUCUCGCAGAGGACAGAUAGUACCUCUUCAGUUCCGAGCAGAAGACAGACGAUACCUCACAAUCAGAUGAUGUCCGCUAUUUCUAGGGUUUCCACAACAAUAAGUCGCGCGGUACAGAGAGAAGGCGAAGGUGCACCUGAUAAUACCUCACGGCAAUGGUUACCGGAACAGCCACAAUCAAGAUCUGCCAUGUGACUACCGCCAUUACCAGCACCGUCGCCAUCACUUCCAGUAUACCCGACAGGGAGAAGCAGAGGGCAUAGGGGAUGUCGUAAUCCAAGAUGCUCAUGUCUGAGGAGGCCUGCAAUACGUCAGUUGAGAGUAGUAGGAGCUAUUAUGGGUGAUAUGUUACUCUGGUGAGAAUCUUUCCGACGGGUGUCGAGUCAAAGAACGCCAUUGGAGCUCUGAACAAGGAUUCCAUCAAUCCAGAGAAGAAGGCCAUGGAGGCCUUCAGCUCUAAAUGAGUAGCCAGAAGACUCCUCGUGCACAUGGCGACCCCGCUCAGGAGAGAUAACGUCGUGUAUGCACCAACCAGUGUGAUAUUUCCCAUAUUGGGAAUCCAAAUCGCAGAUGCAACCCAGAAAGUGGAAAGAGACUGGAGAAGAACAAACCCAGACUGAAAGAGGAUGAUCAUGACAAGGUUAAGAAACCCAUUAAAAAAGGAUGAACCUUUCAUUGUUAUUAAGUUAUUUGAUUGUGAAGCAAUGUUAAUUGUAAAUCCUAAGACAGGUCAGCAACCUAAAGUGAAUGAGCAAAGGCUCAAACUAUACAUGGAGCACAAACAACAACCUUUAGACAGCUUUCUUCAACUGCAGGAUCUGCCACUAUUUCAAACCUCCCGUUGACAUCAUCUUGAUCAUUAAAUUUACAAUUUUGAGUUUUCAAUAUAACCACCUUUUUAUUCAGUGGCUUCUCCUCUUUUCAAUUUUCUUUGUAGUUAUCUUUUAAUGUUGUUGGAGUACAUAGAUGGGUCCAAUACACAAUCAUGGUAACAGGGUGAUGCAUAUAUUACACAGCAUCAAUAAAUACAAAUUGUCAUGCAUUACUUAGUUUACACCUUAUUUGUUGAAAUUUAUUUAUUUAUUUUUUCUUUUUCAUGCACUUCAGUCAAUGCAUGAAUUAAGUUGGGGAGUGAGAAGAUAAGUUUCCUACAAUACAUACUUAUAAUAUUAUGAAUUCACACAUUUUUGAAUUUAUCUUGUGAUUGCAUUAUAGAAGAACCCAAUCAAAACAUCAUAAUUCAAAUUGUCAUAUUGUUUAAUCUCUAUGCUCACAAACUUGCCUUCUUUAAAUGAGUCUUAAAAAGAGAAAUCAUGUUGAGUAGUGUUUAGAUAUUCAUGAACAAAAGUUUGUAGUAAUUAGAUCUAAUUAUUUUUUUCAAUUCAAAAUACUUCUUUAACUGUCAUAGAACUAGUUCAAGUGACUUGAUCUUCUAGCUAAGAAUACUCCAUUUAGAUCACGAGUUGCUAGCGCAUAAAAAAAGAAAAGAAAAGAAAAGAAAAGAGUUUCUAUGCAGAGUGAAGCCCAAAUGCAAAUGAAAGAGAAAUUUUCCUCAUCCUGUGGAGCUUUCAUAUGUGAUACUAGGAUAAUUAUUACUUCAUUUGGAAAAGCUACUUGCACAACACAUGAGUUAUGUAGAAUAAGUUGCAGUGAUUUGAGUUAAACUCAAAAUCUAGAAUCCAUUGGUGACAUUUAGCUAGUAAUGAGAGUAGAUGAAUUGAUGAUUAGACAAUUUAGUUGUUGAGAUUGAAAAAAAUGAGCAAACAUGAACUCUACUUAAAUGUUGACUCAUGAGUGUCUUAACAAGAGCAGGUGAAACUCUCCAAUAAAGAUUUGUGAAAUGAUAGACAAAUUAGUUGAUGUGUGUGUGAAUGUCAAUAUGAUUUUUUUCUAAGUUAUAUGUAGAAACUUGAAGUAUUUUCUUGCUAAGAGUCUAGCGAUAACUCAAGUUGAGGGGUGAGAUAACAUGUUAAUUAUAUACAAAAAAUGUAAGAAUUAUUCUAUUAAGGGGUUUGAAUUUUAUGAUCUAGUAUGUUAUCAUACUAAAAAAUAA